AUGGGCACGGGUGGAAUGCAAGGUAAGGAGCACUUCCCUCACAGCUCCUGCUUCGUCUUCUCGAACACCUCAUCCACCUUCUGGUGCGCCUGGACACGCGCCUUUUCCGCCUCGCUGGGCCCCACUGACUUCUUCAGGGAGGUCCAGCCGUCGCUGGCGCGGCACUUGGUGUCGUCCCAGGAGCAGGCGAUGCUGUCGGUCAGGUUGUCCCACCAGGAAUGGCCCGGGGCGCGCGCAUUCCACGCCUUCUCGGCGGCAGCCUUGGCCUGCUCCCAAGUCUCGCCGCUGGCGGACUUGGUCUCCUCCCAGCGCCGUUUGGCGGCAGUCUCGACGUCAGCCCAAGGGUGCCCGCGACGUGCGGAGCCGGUGACCCAGUUUUGCCAGGCCUCCUUCCCCGCCUCCUCCCAGGACUUCUUCUUGUGGCCCCAGAAGCCGCCGGAGUAG